GUGUUCCCCUGCAUGUCUCCACACCCUAACCCUCCUCCCUUCUCACACCUGUCCUUCCCCAACCCCUCCAACUUCUUAAGACACCAUUCUCUUCUCCCAUCUCACUUUCUUCCCUCAAGCUCUCAACAAUGUCCGACCGAGGCACUCCUCCUCCUCCGCCGCAGCCCAGAACCGCACGAACACCACAUUCCUCCACACAAACUACCACUGUCUUUCUCCACAGACUCCAAUCUCACGCACCCACCUCGUCCCAGCUCCUCGGAUUCCUCACCCUCGUCAUCUCCGGCUCCAUUCUUCUCUUCCUCGUCGGCCUCACCGUGACCGCCACCGUCCUCGGCCUCAUCUUCUUCACGCCUCUUAUUAUUAUCUCCAGCCCCAUUUGGGUCCCCGUCGCCAUUGUUAUAUUUCUUGUCAGUGUCGGAUUCUUGUUCGUUUGCGGAUUCGGCGUCGUUUCAGUCGCCGCUUUGUCGUGGAUGUACCGGUACUUCCGGGGAAUGAACCCGCCCGGAUCGGACCAGGUUGAUUAUGCGAGGACUCGGAUCUACGACACGGCUAGUCAUGUGAAGGAUUAUGCAAGAGGGUAUGGCGGGUACUUGCAGAGCAAGGUGAAGGAUGCGGCUCCAGGUGCGUAAGGAGGUAAUAGUGGUCGAUCCGGUCCGGUUCGAGUAGUGAACCGGUGGAAAAUGAGAACCGGGUUAAUAUUUUUUUUACUUGUUUGCUCUAGAUAGUUUCUUUAUAAUCUUUUCUUGGGAAACCUUUUUUUCAUGUCCUUCAUGUUA